AGCAUUAGGUGAAUUUUUAAAUUGCUCAGUGGCAUUUAGUGAAAUUUCCGUUUUUAAAAUUACCAAAUCAGGAAUGCUUUCCAAAAUCACCUAUACAAAUUACAACCCUCACGCGUUUUGCUUGUGAUUUUAGUUCAUUGUAUUAGUAACCCAUCAUUUACUCAUCAGAUAUUUCCUUAUUUACGAUGCACACAUUAAAUCACUAAUUCUUCAUCUUAUCAAAUAUUGACUUUGACACAUUCAAAUUUACAGUCAAUAUUUUCAAAUAAGAAGAUUACAUGUGGACGGAAGUAACAAGUAGUCAUAACUACUAUUUUUUUUUUUUUUUUUUUUUGAAACAAGUACUCAUAACUUAUUAGACUAUAAUAAAAGAUAAAACCCAAAAAACUUAACAUCCCAACAUAAAGUCCCUUUUCACACAAAAAAUGGGGACACUAAAAAGAGGGUUCCCAUUGAUGAUCCAACAAGUAAAUGCACUUGUAAAGAAGAACUUAUGGUUAGCAAUGAGGAGCAAGCGCUCCUCAUUCUUACAACUUGUUGCACCAUUCAUCUUCCUUUUGUUUCUUUUCGCCGUCGACAAGGUUAGCCGUUAUUCACCUUCUGAGCCGGAGGUUAGGGACCCGAAGGCGGUUGUCUCGCCGUCUAUUCCGCCGUGUGAAACCAAGUUCCACAUUCGACGGCCGUGUUAUGACUUCGUGUGGAGUGGCGAUUCUAGUGACAAGGCACAAGAUAUUGUGUCUCGUAUCAUGGCUAGUAAUCCUGGACGUCCUAUUCCCUCCCACAAGGUUAUAUCAUUUAGAACACCAGCUGAUGUUGAUGCCUGGCUUUUUCGCGAUCCCUCACGCUGUCCUGCAGCCCUGCAUUUAGUUGAGAAAAGUGCUACUGUUAUGGGCUAUGGAAUCCAAACUAACUAUACAACAACAGAAAAAAGUGGCAACAUUGAAACUCCUGUAAUGAAGUUUCAAAUACCACUUCAAAUUGCUGUUGAACGUGAACUCGCUAGAUCAGUUUUAGCAGAUCAAAGUUUUAGCUGGACUGUCGGAUUGAAGGAAUUUCCACAUCCUGCAGAAACUCUUGAAGAUAGAUCCUUUACUGCCUAUGGACUAAUUGCUCCGUUGUUCUUCUUCACGGUUUCCAUGUUUCCUUUCGUGUUUCAAAUGAGCUCUAUUGUCCUGGAGAAGGAACUGAAACUGCGUCAGGCCAUGAAUAUAAUGGGACUCUACGAUUCUGCUUAUUGGCUCUCGUGGCUUGUUUGGGAGACCUUUGUCAUACUAAUUUCAUCGCUCUGUAUUAUACUCUCUGGAAUGAUAUUACAGUUUCAAUUCUUCUUGCAUAAUAGUUUUGCAGUACUGUUUUUUCUGUUCUUCCUUUUUCAGUUGAAUAUGACCGGUUUUGCCUUCCUGCUAUCUGCUUUUCUUGGCAAGACUUCUUCUGCAUAUAGAGCCGGGUUCUGGAUUUUUCUGAUUGGAAUCAUUUCACAGUUUGCAGCUCUUGCAGCUGAGCCCUCUAAGAAAUCUCGCAAAUUAUAUUUUCUGCCACCAGCUCUGCUAUCCCAUGCCCUCGAAAUGCUCAACGAUGCAGUUGAAUCACAUAAUAUCCCUGUGAUCAGCUGGAGUAAACGAGUGAAGUGCCCCGCUGGUCAAUCUGAUUGUUACUUUACAAUGAAUGAUAUCUACAUACGGCUCCUAUAUACUUUUGUGUUCUGGUUUAUUUUGGCGUUGUACUUGGAUAAUGUAAUGCCUAGUCCCAAUGGUACGAGGAAAUCAUUAUUAUACUUUCUGAACCUGAGGUACUGGAUAGGGAAAGGGGAAAAUAAGCCUCAAGGUGGUUUAUGUGGCUGCAGCAAUUCUGAUUCUGCAUAUGUCGAUAUUACUCCAGAUGACACGGAUGUGCUUGAGGAGGAAAUUGUUGUGAAGCAGCAAAUGAAAUCAAAUGAAAUUGAUUCUAACAUUGCUGUUCAGAUUCGUGGUCUAGUGAAGAUAUAUCCUGGAAAGUUUAGCAUUGGUUGCUGCUGUAAGUGUCAAAAGACUGAUCCUUUCCAUGCCAUCAAGGGUUUAUAUGUAAAUUUGCCUACAGAUCAACUCUUUUGUCUCUUGGGACCAAAUGGAGCAGGAAAGACUACUACAAUCAAUUGUUUGACUGGCAUAACCUCAGUGACUGCAGGAGAUGCUUUGAUAUAUGGAAAUUCCAUCAGAAAUUCAGCUGGAAUGUCAAAUAUUCGAAAAAUUAUAGGUCUAUGUCCUCAGUUUGACGUUCUUUGGAAUGAACUGACUGGUGAAGAGCAUCUGCAGCUGUUUGCUAGAAUAAAAGGCCUACCGCCUGCAUCAACUAAAGAGGCUGUAAAGAAAUCUCUGGAGGAAGUGAGACUAACAAAUUCAGCCAAAGUGAGAGCUGGAAGUUACAGUGGAGGAAUGAGGCGACGCCUUAGUGUUGCAUCUGCUCUCCUUGGCGACCCAAAAUUAGUGAUUUUGGAUGAACCGGUAAAAUAUAGUAGUAAUGUUAGUCAGCUAAUUUCAUUGUCAGACUUCCAAGAAAGUUUUGAAGCAUUUACAACUGAUAUUUUGUUCGAAUUGCAGACUACAGGUAUGGAUCCAAUAAGCAGGAGGCAUGUAUGGGACAUAAUAGAAAAUGCAAAGAGGGGAAAGGUUGUCAUUCUAACAACACAUUCAAUGGAAGAAGCUGAUAUAUUAGGGGAUCGCAUAGGUAUCAUGGCCAAGGGGAGACUCCGCUGUAUUGGAACUUCAAUUAGAUUAAAGUCGCGAUUUGGCACUGGUUUUGUUGCUAACUUGAGCUUUGUAAAUGGAAACUCAGCAACAAAUUCAGCUCACAAGGAGACAGUGAAGAGUUUCUUUAGACAUCAUUUGGCAGUCAUUCCGAAGGAGGAGAGCAAUGCAUUUCUUACAUUUGUAAUCCCCCGUGAGAAAGAGCCCCUUUUGGUGGGAACCCUUGGAGAGCUCCAAGAUAGACAGCAAGAAUUUGGUGUAUCAGACAUUCAACUUGGUUUGACGACUUUGGAAGAAGUUUUUCUGAAUAUUGCAAGGCAGGCAGAGUUGGAAACUGCUGCAGCUGAGGGACGAAUGGAGACUCUUACUCUAUCAUCUGGGGCACUUGUUCAGAUACCUGUGGGAGCUAAGUACGUGGCGGUUCCUGGAUCAGAGACUGCAGACAAUCCUCAAGGCAUUAUGGUCGAAGUACAUUGGGAACAGAAUGAUUCAGGCGCACUCUGCAUUUCAGGACAUUCAGCUGAGAGGCCAGUUCCUUCAAAUGUACAGCCGACCCUCCCUGUGGUUCACCCAAGGUCCUUGGGGCAGCCAAAGGGAGUUGUGGGAAGGGUGAUUGAUCCUAGUCAACUGUCAGAAAAUUGCUUUGAUUCAUAGGCAAAUUAUGAUCCUUAGUAACCGUGUAAAUUGACAGAUUUUCUGUAAGACUAUAGUCAAUUAAUCAUCACAAGGACUUGUCAUUCUUAGA